AUGGGACAAAAUCAAAGCGCUCCAGGUUCUGGACAAGGAGGACCUGGAGACAAGCAGAAUGGGCAGGAGAAGAAGAAGAAGUAUGAACCGCCUGCACCCCCUCCCCGCGUGGGAAAGAAGCAGCGCAAGCGGGGUGCAGGGGCCGGCCUGGGCAGCAAGCUCCCCACCAUCACUCCUACCAGCAAGUGCAAGUUGCGGUUAUUGAAGCUAGAGCGAGUCAAGGACUGGUUGCUGAUGGAGGAGGAGUAUGUUACCAACCAGGAGCGGCUGGCACCCCAGGAGGAACGCAAUGAGGAGGACAGGACCAAGGUCGAUGACCUGCGGGGCAGCCCACUCUCAGUGGGUACUCUGGAGGAGCUCAUCGAUGAGAACCAUGGCAUCGUUUCGUCAGCCGUCGGCCCCGAGUACUAUGUCACCAUCAUGUCAUUUGUGGACAAGACACAGCUCGAGCCUGGCUGCUCCGUCCUCCUUCAUAACAAGGGCAUGCACGUGGUGGGCUUGUUGACAGAUGAGUCGGACCCCGCAGUGUCAGUCAUGAAGGUAGAGCAUGCCCCCACCGAGUCGUACGCCGAUGUGGGCGGUCUGGACCAGCAGAUCCAGGGCGUCAUCCUGUACGGCGAGCCCGGCACGGGCAAGACGCUGCUGGCCAAGGCCGUGGCGCACUCCACCUCGGCCUCCUUCCUGCGUGUGGUGGGCAGCGAGCUUAUCCAGAAAUACCUCGGCGACGGCCCCAAGCUCGUCCGCGAGCUCUUCCGCACCGCCGACGAGCUCUCGCCCUCCAUCGUCUUCAUUGACGAGAUCGACGCGGUGGGGACCAAGCGGUACGAGGCCAACAGCGGGGGCGAGCGCGAGAUCCAGCGCACCAUGCUGGAGCUGCUGAACCAGCUGGACGGCUUCGACGCGCUGUCGGACGUCAAGGUGAUCAUGGCCACCAACCGCAUCGACUCCCUGGACCCGGCCCUCAUCCGCCCCGGCCGCAUCGACCGCAAGAUCGAGUUCCCCCUCCCCGACGCCAAGACCAAGCGCCGCAUCUUCGCCAUCCACACUGGGCGCAUGGCGCUGGCGGGGGACGUGAACGUGGAGGAGUUUGUGGUGGCCAAGGACGAGCUGUCCGGCGCCGACAUCAAGGCCAUGUGCACCGAGGCGGGGCUGCUGGCCCUGCGCGAGCGGCGCAUGCGCGUCACGCACGCCGACUUUGCCAAGGCCAAGGAGAAGGUGCUGUACAAGAAGAAGGACGGCGUGCCAGAGGGCCUGUACAUGUGA